CCCCUCGCAACCGCAGCUCCGCUCCUUAGCCUGAGAGACUUUUGUGUUAGAGAGGGAGUGAAAGUUUAGAGAGCGGGAGGUGAAACAAGUCACUCACUGAAGCCUGUACGUGUUCUGCCUGGUGCUGCAGCCUGCAGGGAGCUAUACCCGACCUAAGGGGGGGAAAGUCCUCAGCAGCGACACGGAAAUUCCAACCAAAAUGUUGUGCACCCGGUACCUGCUCUGGUGCACACUCAUUGUGUCAGUGUUAUUAGAGCUGGCUCUUGCCCAGUACGAGCACCUCGGCUACCCGACGGGCUUCACCGACCAAGUGCAGGAACAGUACACUGCCCCACAGCUGUCACCAGACACUCCCAGGAUCCAGCUCAGAUUGGCGGGAGACAAGAGGAAACACAACGAAGGCCGUGUGGAAGUUUUCUACAACAACGAAUGGGGCACUGUCUGUGACGACGACUUCAACAUCCAUGCGGCUCAGGUGGUGUGCAGGGAGCUGGGCUACAUGGAAGCCAUCUCUUGGUCACCAUCCUCGAAAUAUGGAAAAGGAGAAGGACCCAUCUGGUUGGACAACCUCCACUGCACGGGCAAAGAAAAGACGUUGGCACUGUGUCCCUCCAAUGGGAUUGGUGUUUCUGACUGUAAACACAGUGAGGACGUAGGUGUCGUCUGCAGUGAUAAGAGGAUCCCUGGAUUCAAAUUCAUCAACACACUGCCCAACCAUGUAGAGAACCUCGAUAUUCAAGUGGAAGACGUACGCAUACGAGCCAUCCUGUCAUCGUAUCGUAAGCGUAUCCCAGUAACGGAGGGCUACGUGGAGGUGAAGGACGGCGGCAAAUGGAAGCAGAUCUGUAACACUGAGUGGACACAGCUCAGCAGUAGAGUCAUCUGUGGCAUGUUUGGCUUCCCCGGGGAGAGGAAGUACAAUGCUAGAGUCUAUAAGAUGUUUGCACGUCGGAAAAAGCCAACAUACUGGGACUAUGCUGUGAACUGCACUGGCAAUGAAGCCCAUUUGUCCAGCUGUAAGCUGGGUCAGACUACAUCACCAAAGUCCAAUGCGACCUGUCCUGGAGGGCUGCCUGUGGUGGUGAGCUGCGUGCCGGGUAGGGCCUUUGCCCCAACAACCAUGACAGGAUUCAGGAAGGCCUUCCGACAGGAGCAACCACUGGUUCGUCUGCGUGGAGGGACCAUCGUAGGUGAGGGCCGAGUUGAGGUUUUGAAAAACGGAGAGUGGGGCACCAUAUGUGACGACAACUGGAGCCUGCUGUCUGCCACUGUGGUGUGCCGGGAACUGGGCUUCGGUACCGCAAUAGAAGCUCUGUCCGGCGGUCGCCUUGGACAAGGUAUGGGCCCUGUGCACAUGAAUGAAGUGGAGUGCUCUGGAUUUGAAAAGUCCAUCACAGAGUGUCUCUUCAAUAAGGAGGCUCUUGGCUGCAGUCACGAGGAGGAUGCAGCUGUCAGGUGUAAUGUUCCUGCCAUGGGCUUCCAGGAGUCGCUGCGUCUAAGUGGAGGCCGAAACCCCUUUGAGGGCCGCGUGGAGGUGCUGGUGCAGAAGAACGGCUCUCUGGUGUGGGGGACGGUGUGCAGUGAAGGCUGGGGGACCAUGGAGGCCAUGGUGGUCUGCAGACAGCUGGGCCUGGGCUUUGCCAGCAAUGCUUACCAGGAGACUUGGUACUGGCCAGGAGAGGUGAGUGCGGAUGCUGUGGCGAUGAGUGGAGUCCGUUGCUCUGGCACCGAGAUGUCUCUGUCUCAUUGUCUGCACCACGGAGUCCACCUCAACUGCCCGAAAGGAGGUGGACGCAACGCUGCUGGCGUCUCCUGCUCUGAGACGGCUCCUGACCUGGUGCUGAACCCACAGGUGGUGGAGCAGACCACCUACAUGGAGGACAGGCCCAUGUUCAUGCUGCAGUGUGCGUACGAGGAGAACUGUCUGUCGUCGACCUCCAGCGAGGUGCCAGCCAACUCCUACCGGCGCCUGCUGCGCUUCUCCUCUCAGAUCCACAACAAUGGGCAGUCUGAUUUCAGGCCCAAAGCCGGCAGACAUGACUGGGUGUGGCACGACUGUCACAGGCAUUACCACAGCAUGGAGGUGUUCACUAUCUACGACCUGUUCAGCCUGAAUGGAACCAAAGUGGCAGAAGGACACAAAGCCAGCUUUUGCUUGGAGGACUCUGAGUGUGAUGAAGGUAUUGAAAAGAGGUAUGAAUGCGCCAACUUUGGAGACCAGGGUAUCACUGUGGGCUGCUGGGAUACCUACAGGCAUGACAUCGACUGCCAGUGGAUCGACAUAACGGAUAUCAAACCUGGAGAUUACAUUUUUCAGAUAAUAAUUAACCCAAACUACGACGUACCCGAGUCAGACUACACCAACAACAUCCUGAAAUGCAGAUGUCGAUAUGAUGGCCAUCGUGUAUGGAUGUACAGCUGCCACAAUGGUGGUUCAUUAAGCACUGAAAGUGAACAGACAUUCCCCGGCCUCCUCAACAACCAGGUGGCUCACAGGUAAGAGCGAGGCAACUGUAGAGGCAUCGGGUGACCAUUACCCAACCAUCACUUCUCCAAGCAGGGGCGCCAUCUGAAGCCCACCAACGUCUCAUCCCUGCCCUGAUCAAACCAUAGUUUCAUUUUCUUCUUCUUCUUCUUCUUCUUCUUCUUCAUCCAUCCAGCAGUUUUCUUUGACCCGUCACCCACUUUUCCCAUCAGGAGAGAGAAUAUUUGUACUGCACUUUUCUUUCCAAACAGAGGCAGCUACAGCCACAAAAAAAACCUUCACAGCUCCCUCUCUGAGGCCAAAAGGGCCGCGAUGUUCUCCCUUGUACUCUGUUACUUGUCUCUGAAUGAUCGUGACAUUAAUCUGUUGAAAAGUGGAAUGUUUUUUUUUUGCACAAUGAGUUGAGAUUGGUACACCCCUUUGAUGUAAACUUGCAACAUUUUUACCUACAGUGAUGAUGGAGAGUUUUUUCUUUUAUUGUUUGAAAUCAUUUUCAGCUUCUAGACUUUAUAUGUUAACAUAUUUUUUGUUUGUGUAACACUAAUUCUACCUUGGCCAAUGUCUACCAACAUGGACAACCUUGAUGCAGCCUCAAAUGCCUUUGUUAAAUAUUUCCAAAGAGAAACGUUUGUUUGAUUUGUGGAUUCACUAAUGACUUUCUGUUGUGACUGUGCUGACCACUGAGGGGACGGAGACCUGGAGAGGCCAAAGGGAAGUUACCAUAACUUAUUUGUUGUGAUUCACCAAUUCACCAAUGACCUCUGUUGGAGUAUUAACUGUAUGAACAGUAGUAAACAGUAAUGUGACAGGGGUUUGUUACAUACAUAAAUGUCUUGUGUAAAAAUGUCAUAGGAUUUUCCAGCAAGGAACCUAGCUAGCUAGGCUAAUGAGUUACUGAGUUAGCUUACUGACCAAUAAGGCCACAUGUCCACCUGGCAUUUUUAUCUGGGCAGAGAAGCACUGGCUGUGCACUCAGUAGUGUUUGGACGAAGUGCUCCAGAAUAUAAGCGCUGCACAUGCGUGUUGUCUCUAUGACAACCAUCAAAACGGCCGCUGUAUGACUGACAAUGCAAUUUUGCUCUUUUCUCAAGUUUUCUCCUCUUUCAUAAUACUUUUCACUGAAGGAAUCUGUGUUAAAUUGUGAACAAAAUGCCAGAAGGGAAGUCAUCAGAACGAUAGUGGAGAAAAAAAAAGAUUUCCUGGAGCUGUGACUGACAGCAGCUUGGGUGACUAGCAUGUUUGUCGUUGGCUCACCAGGCAGCUACAAUAGUCCACACACUAUCCCUUAGAGCAGUGGUUCCCACCUUUAUUUCCAUUUGAGCUCAAACUCUUGGGACAACACAAAGUUAGAAUAAUGCAUGGACAUGAACAAAUGGGUGUGAAUAGACCAAGAGGGAAGGGGGGGAAAGUGAAGUUUAGUGCAUCAAGUCCUCCAACAGUCCGAGCCUAUAGCAGCAUAAGCAGGAGCUGGUCCAAGGUAAGCCUGAGCUAGCCCUAACUAUAAGCUACAUUAAAAAGCAAGGUUUUAAGCUAAAUCUUAAAAGUAGAGUGGGCCUCUGCCUCCCAGGACCAAACUGGAAAAUAGUCCCAUAUGAUAAUUGAAUAAUUAAAAAGUUCUUCCUCCCAUAUUAGUUUCCAUACCUCACAUAAAUCUGCAUCCUGUAAGCGCAUUUUUCUAGUUUGGAUGAAGGAACUUCGAGUUCUGCAAGAUAUUAUGUUGCCUGACUGAGUUUAGAGUCAGAUUCAGAUUUUGUUGAUGAGACUAAGAAUUUUAGAUUCUAAUAUUCUAAUCCAUAGUAUUUACAGAGAACCAAGAGAGGGAUUUCCAGGGGAAAAGGCAAAAUGGCUGAUCAGAUUUAGCACAGUUCAGAGCUCAAAAACACAGCUGUUAUUAAAUUAGUGCUGUCUGACCUCUGCAUGUCAAAUAAAGUUACCAAAGCUUGAGGUGUCAGCUCUGAUGUCAGCUAAGCACUCCUGAUGUCUCACUCUGAAUAAUGCAG